AAUGCUCUGAAUUCAUGUCUCCUUUCUUUAGAAGUACCUCACAGACCCUGCAUGCAGUGCUGCCCCAAGACGGACUCUGAAGAUGAUUCAGCCUUCUGCGAAAGGUUGCCUGGUUGGAAGGUAUAAUGAGAAGAAAUCUUCAGUCAAGAGGAAACUGUGGACUAACAAGCUUACCUCUUCAGCAUGUAAAACUGAACCACCUGUAGAUGAAGAGCAAGAAAAUGAGAACACGGAUGAUGUCAUUCAAGCCAUAGAUCUCAUAAAAAAAAGUCCUUCAUCUCAAUAUUGGAAAGAAGUGGCUGAAGAAAGGAGGAAGGCUCUGUAUGAAGUGCUUCAAGAAAAUGAAAAGUUGCACAAAGAGAUUGAACAAAAAGAUGGUGAAAUUGCCCGCCUGAAGGAGGAAAAUGAGGAGCUCAUGGCACUGGCUGAACAUGUGAAUUAUUUGACGAGCAUGAUUGAGGUACAGUAUUUAGGAAAUAUGUUCUCCAAAAGAAACGUUCAACCCGUUGUCUUAUAAGAACAGGCUGUGUAU